AUGCCCGCUCUCGUCUCUAGAGCUAUCAGACCUACAGUCUUCGCUCCCUUGGUACGGAACGCAAGAGGUCACGCCGUGGCUGUUGAUCCACCUUAUCUUCCCCCAAACCCUCAAGGUUCCACAGCGUCAAGACCAAGAUAUGUUGAUGGUGACGUUAGACACGACUGGAGAAGGUCAGAGAUCCAAAAGAUCUUUGAUGCUCCGUUGAUGGAGACAAUCUAUCGAGCUGCCACUGUACAUAGAAUGAACCAAGAUGCUUCUAGGAUCCAGCUCUGUACUCUCAUGAACAUUAAAACUGGAGGAUGUACAGAAGACUGUAAAUAUUGUUCGCAAUCAUCGUCUUACAAAACACCUACCAAAGCGUCACGACUUAUCGAUAUCGAGCCAGUGCUGAAAGCUGCACGAGAAGCAAAAGAAAACGGUAGUACACGAUUCUGUAUGGGUGCAGCGUGGAGAGAUUUAGCAGGAAAGAAGAGUGGUUUUGAGAAAAUCUUGAAGAUGGUUACCGAAGUUCGAGGUAUGGGUAUGGAAGUUUGUACAACUCUCGGUAUGCUUUCACCUGAACAAGCAAAACGAUUGAAAGAAGCUGGAUUGAGUGCAUAUAACCAUAACCUUGACACUUCGAGGGAGUUCUACCCGGAAGUCAUCACUUCGCGAACGUAUGAUGAUCGAUUAGCUACUAUCCAAGCAGUACGAGAAGCUGGUAUCUCAGUCUGUUCAGGUGGUAUUCUUGGCUUAGGAGAACAAGACGAAGAUCGAGUAGGCUUGAUACACGAGGUAUCUAGAUUACCACAACACCCCGAAUCAUUCCCUGUCAAUACUUUAGUUCCUAUUGAAGGUACACCGCUAGAGAAGAACGAUCCCGUCAAGGUCCAUACUGUCCUUCGAACUAUUGCUACUGCCCGGAUCGUCAUGCCUAAAACCAUCAUUCGAUUAGCUGCUGGACGACACACCUUUUCUGAGACUGAGCAAGCCAUGGCUUUUAUGGCAGGAGCCAACGCUAUCUUCACUGGUGAACGAAUGCUUACUACUCCAUGUUCAGGAUGGGAAGAGGACAAGGCCAUGUUGGGCAGAUGGGGUUUGAGAGGUCAAAGAUCAUUUGAGGAUUCAGAGUCAGUCAACACACCAAUGAUGACGAAGGAACAACAAGCUUUACACGGUGUAAGCUACUAA